ACUCUAUGGUUCAAGCAUCUCUCUACUGAGUGCACAUCCCAUGCCUGCGCGCGAUUCGCGGAUUUUAGUGAAAAUUGCUCGCUAUCGGCUGGCUGUGAAUUGUGUGCGAGAUGGAUCCAGGACGCCUCCGACAGCUGCACAAAUAAAUUGUCGCCAACUGCCGCGGCGGCAUGUCCUGCUCCCGAUAACAGCCUGUGUUUUUCAAUUAAAAUAAACUAUUUUCGAGACUAACUGUGCGCGACAUCGACUGGGAACUGAAACCUUUUUGUUUUUAAAUACAUAUUUCCUUCUUACAAUAUAAUUUUGCUUGUUAAAAAAACUAGAUACAUUCAAUUCAUAAUAAUAAAGUCAAAUAUCUUUUUUAAAUUUUCAUCCUAAUUUUAAUUGUCGUCUAUCAAGUCUGAACUUUAUUUAGUGUAUUUAAAUUAGUCCCAUGCCCGCCUUUAUAUUUUUUCAGUGCCUAUUUCGUUUUUGUGAUUUGGUUUGUCUCGUAAUAUCGCCAAUAGUUCAUUUAUCUCGCCCAGAAACUGAAAUCACAUCGAGUUCGCGAUGCCACCACCAGGGCCGCGUGCGCACCGCCGUUCUGCGCGCCUCUGCCGGCUGCCCCGUGAACUGAGGGAGGUUUAAUGGUAAUCGCGACUGUGCGUAAAACCCAAAUAACCAAAAACUGAAAAAAAAACUUGUGUACAUGUUAUUUUAUUACUGUUCUAUUUCUUAUUAUAAUCAAUUCUUUUAUUUUUCUUAGUGCAAAGUUUUAAUGUGUAAUGUGUGCGGUAUUGACUUUCACCACAAAGCGCCCACCUUUAUUUUUAAUUUUUAAUUGUAUUUCUCCUUAGUUAAUUUAGUUGAACCUUUAAGUGUAAUAAUGGCGGAAACAAUAUCAAUGGACAACUACCCCUCGCUUCCGUACAUUGCGUCUUCACCACCAAAAAGGACCUACGGACAGAAAGUAACUCAAUACACUGACGAACAAAGUGCCACAAGUGCGACAACUAACCAGAACCUAAUGAACGCACCAGACAACAAACAAGGCCCCAGAAGCAAAAAAAACAUGCAUAAAAAUGUCGCCGCUGCGUCUCCUCGACGAGCUCAUAGGGACCGACUAUCACCACCACAACCACGACCACAGCCACGACCAUGACCACCUCACCCAACCCACAGCCCAUCACCAGUGCCAGCUGCAUUCCCUCCUUGCUAGACCUCCCCCACUCACCACCACCCCACGCAUCACCACAUGACAUCGACAUGGCCCCGACGGGUUUCAAAAUACCCUGGAAGACCUUCAAGCACCGCCGAGCCAACUCCACUGCAUCAGACGUCUCUCUCACCAUUAGCAACAGGUUCGCCACCACCCUCAGCCUGGAUGACAUGGGCGACGACGCCACCCCACCACCGACAAAACCAGCACCAAAACCUAAGACAAAAUGGACCCCCCUACCCCUUGACAACCAACAACCAUCCACUUCCCGAGCCCCCACUGCACCUCGCCUCCCCAACCAGACCACCACCAAAAUGCCCCCCCAUCUCCUGCAUUGUCUCCACCACCAGCCAACCCUUCCUGACUGCAGCCAAGCUGCAGAAAGAACUGACCGGCCCCCUUUACAUCUCCACCAUCCGUGACAGGACAUCAUUUUACACCACCAACCCGCGUGACCAUGACUACCUAUACAAAAAGCUGGCUGCAGCUGGCUACCAACCCUUCACCUCCCUCCGCCAUGAUGAACGACAGGACAGGGUAGUCAUCAAAAGACUACCCCUCUCCACCACCCCUGACGAGCUCCUCCAGCAGCUGCAUGACGGGUACCCCGUGUCGUCCAUGUUCCCCCUGCGGAUGCCACCGGAUGCAGACACCAAGCCCUUCCUGGUUGCUACCAACUACCAGGGAGAGGCCAACCAGCUCCUGGCCAUCAAGAACUUUGGCGGCUGGGUCGUGAAGGUCGAGCGGUACCGCGGGUCCGGCAGGGUCCGGCAGUGCUACCGCUGCCAGCUCCUCGGUCACAAUUCCACCAGAUGCGACCGUGCCCUCCGCUGCUUCAAGUGCGUGGGGGAACACCGGUCGCGCGACUGUACCGCCACCCCCCCCCCCACCCCCCCCCCCCCCCCGAGGCGAGGAAAUGCUGCCUCUGCGACGGCCCCUGCAUCGCCACCUCCCCUGACUGCCCCAACCUUAUCGCCUUCCAACGCUGCCACCCCCCACGCACAUCCCAACACCACCCCUACCGCCACCACUGCUCCGCCACCUGACGCCACCUCCCAGUGCACCUUCCCUGCCAUGAAGGGCAACGUGUGGGCAAGGUCACUCUACACAACCCAACCCAGUGCCCCACCCAACACCACAUCCAAUGCCCCACUAAACCCUACACCCCGCUCACCACCCACUACCGUCCCUGAUACCACCUCCCUCGGCGACACCGUCCGAGACAUCCUCAACCUUUUCCACACCUACCUACCCAUCAUCCGCCGCACCAUGACAGCCCUCUCCUGCGCACGCACCCCAGCUGACAAAAUUGAAGUCAUCAUACAAGCUGUCCUGUCCCUCUUUGAUGACAACACCCUCCCCUUAAAUUCCUCAUCUGGAACUCCUCCCUCCUCCCCAAGCUCCCUGACCUCCUCUUUCUGAUCCAAACCCACACCCCAGAUGCCGUGUUUCUCUCCGAAACCUGGCUCACCCCCACAGACCAGCUCCACAUACCAGGGUACACCGCCCACCGCGCUGACCGUGAUGGGAGAGGCGGUGGAGUGGCACUCCUGCUCCACUCCCACAUUACCCACCACCGCCGACACAUCCACACCUCCCCCGCGACCGAGGUAGUCGCCGUGAGGCUGCACGGUGGUCCUAUGCCCUCACCCUCGUCUCCCUCUACCUCCCUCCACAACACCCUUUCCCCACCGCCGACGUGAUUGCCCUCGGCCGACUCGACGCCCUUGUCGUGCUGGCUGGGGACUUCAACGCCACCCAUCCCUUCUGGGGCUGCAUCACUGCCAACUGGCGGGGCAGCUCCCUCUGUAAACUCCUCCGGACCUCCCACCUCUCCCUCCAUGCCCCGCCCACCCCCACCCUUAACCCGGCCCAACGGAACCGGCACUAAGCAUCGUUGACUUCGCCCUCUCGGUACACCUCCCCAUCAUUACCGAUCUCCGCACCAUCACCUUCGGCACCUCAGACCACAUCCCAGUCAUUGGCUCUCUACACUACCACCCCCACACCGACCUCCACCUCCCCUGUUUCGACUUCCCAAAGGCUGACUGGCAAGCCUUUCGCACCACCCUCUCCCACUCCCUCGACCUAACUGUCUCCUUCAACUCCCCUGCCGAUAUUGACGCCCACACUACCACUCUUACCCAGGCCAUAUCGGCAGCUGCCCACUCCCACAUCCCCAUGGCUCCCCCCCCCCGAUCCCGCAUCAUCCCUUUCCCCCCCACACAUACGUGAGGCCAUGUCCCUGAGGAACCGCUUCUGCGCGCGCUGGCAGGCCACCAGAUCCCCGAUCAGCAGGAUAAUCUACAUCCUGCUACGGGGAUGGUGCCGUCGGUUGGCAGCGGGCUGGAGGGCUCAACAGGAGACAAAGCGCCUCACAGCCCUCUCCUCCUCCACAGGCUCUCUCUGGGCCUACUUCAGAAGACUGAAAGCCACCCCCACCACCAUCCCACCCAUCACCACUCCCACAGGAGUGGCGGAAACUGCCCAGGAGAGAUCCGAGGCAGUGGCCGCCUACCUCCAAACCACCUUCACACCCGCCAUCAACACCUCUCUGUCCUCUGACUCGUCAGAAGAUGAGGCUCCCCACCUAUCCCGCCACACGACACUCCCCAUCCUACCAGAGACUCCACCAUUCCCCCUGGUCACCCCAAAGGAGCUGCAGACCAUCAUCUCCCACUGCCGACUCAAUGCAGCCCCGGGCUCCGACUCCAUCCCGAUCCCCCUCCUACGCUACCUACCCAGAAAAGCCCUAGUCCUCCUCACCAAAAUCACCAAUGCCAUGUUUCUCCAUUGCCACUUCCCAUCCUCAUGGAAGAACGCCAUCAUUUGCCCCAUCCCCAAACCAACCAAACCACCCACCCUCCCUCCCCUUCUCCUACCGACCGACAGAGAAGGCCAUCCUCCAAUGCCUCCUCCCCAUCAUCAACGACCACCACCUACUCCCAAACCACCAGUUUGGCUUCCGCCCACACCAUUCCACCUCCCACGCCAUCACCCGGGUGGAGCUCCUGGUGGUCCAAGGAUUCUCCAGGCGGCAACACACGGGCAUGGUGCUCCUGGACCUCGCCAAAGCCUUUGACUCGGUCCCACAUGCCUAAUUGAUCCACCGACUCGCUGCCACCAACAUUCCCCCCCACCUGACCCGACUCCUGUGCUCCUUCCUGGAAGACCGCUCCUUCCAAGUCCGAGUAGAGGGCCAACUCUCCCAACCAUGAUCAAUCCAUGCCUGUGUCCCCCAAGGAGCCAUCCUCAGCCCCCUCCUUUUCACCCUUCACAUUGAUGACCUCACCCCUCCUCCAGGCCCCUACCUAGUCCAGUAUGCAGAUGACACCUGCAUACUGGCCUCCUCUGUCUCAGAGCAGAUGCUCGGCGACCGUCUGAGCCGUGGCCUAAACUCCCUCCAGACCCAAUUCCUCGCAACGGCAUCGCCCUAAACCCCACCAAAACCUCCUCCAUCUUCUUCUCCCGAUACCACCACACCCGCCAUCACCCACCCAGAAUCCGCAAUCACGUCAUCCCCUGGACCCCCACCACUCGCUACCUCGGGGUAACCCUCGACUCCGACUUCACCUUCCUACCUCACCUCAACUCCAUCCGUACAAAAACCCAUGCUGUCAUGGGGCAACUGGCACACGUCCUCCGUCCCACGUCUGGCACCUCACUCUUCAACCGCAUCACCGUCUACCGCUCCCACGUCGUUUCUCACCUCACAUACGCCUGCCCGACCUGGGUACACUCCUCCCUUUUCAACCUACGCCCGAUCACCCGCUCAUUCUUCCUUGGCACACGCCUCAUCCUAGGCGUCCCACGCGCCACCCUCCGCCAACACCUCCUCGAUCAAACCUGCCUCCCCCACCUCCACCACACCAUCUCCCACAUCACACAAAACUUCAUCCACAAAUGCUCCACCAACCUCAACCCACUCAUCUGACUACUUACAGAACCACCUCCCAUAACCCCACAUCCCCGACGCCCACUUUUCACCACUGCCCACCUCCUCCUGGGCGAUGCCGCCGACGAAGAUGCAGCCGCCGACGCUGGAGGGGCCGACGGAUAACAUCGGUGGCCAGCACGUCUACAUUAGCGCUGCGGGACAGAAAACCAUCACCACCGCCCACCCCCACAAGUACCGCUGACCAUAAGACCCGAGCCAAACGGGCCUGGCCCCACCUCUACCUCAUCAUCAACUUCACCAACACCUGUAAGAAAACCUCACCACUCACCAAUCAUCAGCCCCCAAGGACUCAAUAGUUGGGAGGGGCCCAGUGCCAUGUCAUGUAAUUUAUUGUAAAUUUAAUUUCUUUUUUUUUUUCUUGUAUUCAAAUUUUUCCCCUCCAUGUCUGGUAUUUGUAUUCACCCUUUUUCAAAUAAAGAGCUCAUUUUUUGGCGGGGCGGACCCCCUGGGGGGGGGUCCCCCAUUAAAAAAAAAAAAUUAUUUAAAUGUACUUCAAAUGUAUUUGGAUAGAUAUUAGUACUUUAAAUUUAUUUUAAAGAAGUGUCUUGAUUAAAAUGGUAGUCAGCAAGCACACAUACCCAUGUGUAAAACAUAUUAUUUUUAUUAAAUUACUCUCUUAUGGAAAAAAUGUAUUUGACUAGUGCUGUUUUGAUUAGUACUCUGUUUUAAUGUAACUAAUUCAGGGGUUAUUUUGAGGGGCAGUUAUCAGUGUUUGUCUAGUCUGGAUGAAAAAUUGACCUUUUUUUUUUUUUGACAUUGCUUUUACAGUUUUUCGGUUAUCCGUAAACUCCUUGAUAGUCCAUGAUUAUCUCGGAUAAUCGGGAGUCUACUGUAUGAUAAUGUUUCUGAUAAUUCCUGGUUCUCUGGUAGUGAAGUCGUUAAGUUUUACGUGUGCCAGUUCUAGCUUUAAAAUUAAAUUAUUACUGGGACCAAUAGGAUUUGUUUAACUUGUUUGCUCAGGUCAUGUGCCUUUUUGAUUUCACACAUUUGAUUACAUCUGAAUUAUUUUCUUGUAACUUGUUGGGAUAUUUGAGAUGCGAAUGUACCUGUUCCCCUUUGACCUUGCGUUGGAUUACUUAGCGUGUAUCUGGUUACUUGUUCAUUAAUGUUAUUUUCCCCUGGGUCUCUCAUAUGCGAAGAGAGUAUACCCUAUUUGUUCUGUAUAAGAAUAUUUUUAUUAACUGGCGUGUUUAAUAAGUUUUUUGUAUCUCGUGUGAAACUGAUUAUGCACCUUGAGUCAAGAUUUGCUAUAUCCAGUCUUGAUGUCUGGGGACCCAUGCAUUUUUUGUACAUGUAUAUAAUCCCAGUCAUACUUAAUAAGUUUAUUUAUGUGUAAUUUUGUAACUUGCAUAAUUCUCUUUCCUUGGCGGCACUUUGCUGCGUGCUUGGUGCUAGUCAUUAUAAGUACCACAUUGAUAAUUAAUUUCUAGCGGAAAAGAAUUGUUUGUGGGCGACAUUAAGCUUGGGCACUAUGUUGACUUGAAAUGCUGGAGAAUUAGGUACUCUGUAUAAUAGCAAUUUUUAAUAUUGUGUGUUGGUUUGUAAAACCCGGUGAUAAUAAUAACGAAUAAGUAUUGCAUACGUCAUUCCGUAACUUACUUAAGUUGUAAUUUUCAUGCUAGCCUGAGGCGUUAACAUAAUGUAAAUAAACUUUUUCUUGAUUGUAUGUAUACAUUUUCUAUAUUGCCAAUUGUUUGUUCUUUAUUGCUGUUGAGUAUCUUAAGUAAUUUUUGCCUAUUAGAAUUGUGUAAAUUUAUGUCUGACAUCUAAGUUUGUCUAAUAGUAAUGUCAGUUGAAAGUUUAGAACAAUUUUUCUCAUUGUUUUCAUUAAUAAAUGUUGCAACAUCUGUUUUUCAA